AUGGAAUCAAGGAACAAUGUGACAUAUUUCAUACUCCUGGGUCUCACACGGAAUCCAAAGGAAGAGAAAAUACUUUUCUUUAUGUUCUUAUUCUUCUACAUUUUGACCAUGGUGGGCAACUUGCUCAUUGUCUUGACUGUAACUGUCAGUAAGACCCUUGGAUCUCCUAUGUACUUCUUUCUUGCUAGUUUAUCUUUUAUGGAUGUCAUUUAUUCCUCAUCCCUUUCCCCCAAAAUGAUUUCAGACUUGUUCUUUGGACAAAAGACCAUAUCAUUCCAAGGUUGUAUGAUCCAGCUUUUUACAGGGCACUUCUUUGGUGGAUCAGAGGUCUUCCUUCUGUUGGCCAUGGCAUAUGACCGCUAUGUAGCUGUCUGUAAGCCCUUGCAUUAUUUGAUUAUCAUGAGACAAUGGGUGUGUGUUUUACUGUUAAUAGUGUCCUGGAUUGGAGGUUUUCUACACUCAGUAAUUCAACUUAUUUCACUUCAUGGGCUUCCAUUCUGUGGUCCCAAUGUCAUUGAUCAUUUUAUCUGUGACAUGUACCCUUUAUUGAAACUCAUCUGUACUGACACCUAUGUUAUUGGACUCUUAGUGGUGGCUAAUGGAGGACUGAUCUGCAGUAUUGUAUUUCUGCUGUUACUCAUCUCUUACGGUGUCAUUUUGCACUCCCUGAAGAACCUUAGUCAGGAAGGGAGAAGGAAAGCCCUCUCUUCCUGUGCUUCACACAUCACUGUGGUUGUCUUCUUCUUUGUUCCCUGUAUUUUCAUGUAUGCAAGACCUGCUAGAAACUUUCCUAUUGACAAAUCAUUGAGUGUGUUUUACACAGUCAUAACUCCCAUGCUGAACCCCUUAAUCUACACUCUGAGAAAUUCAGAGAUGACAAACGCUAUGAAGAAACUUUGGAGAAGACAAGUCACAUGA